AUGCGUCGACGCCGGUCAGACGAGCUUCCUCAGUUCGCAAACGAGGCUGAAUUCCCAUCGUUCCGCUUGCGCCGCCGCCACGCAUACUACCUUGUUGGCUUCCUCUUCGUUUGCUGGAUCCUGUAUCCAUCGCGCAAGACAACACCUGAGAUCGGAGAUGCAAUAAGGGUCAAUUGGUCAAACUAUGCAUACAGUGUGUACGCGACCGACCGCGCGGAACUCUGUCAUGCCGUGAUGGUCCUUGAAGCGCUCGCUCGACUUGGUAGCAAAGCAGAUCGCGUCCUCUUCUACCCCGACCAUUGGGACACAAAAAUAGAUAGUUCUCAAGAUCGAGACAGUCAACUGCUCACUUUGGCGCGCGAUACAUACAAGGCGAAGCUUCAUCCUGUGAAGCUACUCGAGGCGGCAGGGCGUAGUGAGAAUGGAUGGACAUGGGACGAGUCCGUCACCAAGUUCAUGGCUUUCGGCCUCGAGUACUACGACCGCGUAAUAACCCUAGAAUCGGAGAUCACACUCCUUGACUCCCUCGAUGAGCUCUUCCUCCUCCCUCACACCCCGAUAGCGGCGCCACGGGCAUACUGGACAGACAGCAAACCCUGGCCAUUAUCGACAACGCUCAUGGUUAUCAAGCCUAGCCUUGAUGAGUUGGAGAAGUUCAAGAGGCGCCUGGAGGGAGGUGGGGACAGUACGUUGGUCGAAAUGCAUAGAUUUGACAUGGAAAUCAUCAAUGAACGCUUCGAGGAGAGCGCAUUAGUGCUUCCACACCGACCGUACGCUCUUCGCACGGCAGAAUUCAGGCGUCAUGAUCAUUCGGACUAUCUGGGCGGUGCAAAUGAAACAUGGGACGCCGAGAAGGUCUACAAAGAGGGCAAGAUUAUUCAGUUCAGCGACCGACCGCUGCCUUCCCCAAUGGUCAUGUGGUCGGAUGAAGCAUUGGCGGACAUGCAGCCGGAUUGUGGAGGUAGCCAUGAGGGAACAUGCGCUGAGAGACGAAUAUGGAAGGGUUUGUACGAUGAUUUCAGGAAGCGGCGGAGGGAUGUCUGUAAGCUGCUGAGCCAGCCUGCGCCAGACUGGAACCAGAUUAAGCAGGAGUUCCACCACGAGACUGCGACGGAAGCCGUUGUUGAUGCGCCUUUAGAUGAGGCUGCUACUGCUCCUUCUGCUUCUGCUUCUGCUUCUGCUUCUGCUGCUGCUUCUAGCGAAUCUCUACUUGGAAACUAG